AGAGGGAGCGGUGUGUGGGACACAGAUGUGAGGGAGGCUCGGCUGUUGUCACUGGGGUAUUUAUGUAUGGCAGUAUAUGUAACGCAGCACGCUAAAGCUUGUGAAUAAGGGGCAUUGCGGCUUAUACAUGCCAUGUGAUAGUUCCACGGAGACCAAGGGUAUCAGAGUAUAUUUAUGAAAUUAGAAAAAGCAUUUUACAGUUGGCAAAAGAAAAGCUUCAGCAAAAGAGAUGGGUGUGAUAGGGGUACAGCUGGUUGUUACCAUGGUGAUGGCCAGUUUACUACAGAAGAUCAUACCACACUAUUCUUUUGCUCGUUGGCUUCUCUGUAAUGGCAGUUUGUAUUGGUACCAGCAUCCAACUGAAGAUGAGUUACGGACCCUUGCUGGGAAGCAACAACCAAAAGGAAAAAGCAAAAAAGACAGACGAUAUAAUGGUCACAUUGAUAAUAAACCACUUACCAUUCCCAAGGAUAUUGAUCUUCACUUGGAAACAAAACCAGUUACUGAAGUGGACACUUUAGCUCUUCAUUAUUUUCCUGAAUAUCAAUGGUUGGUUGACUUUACGGUUGCAGCUACUGUGGUUUACCUAGUAACAGAAGCCUACUACAGCUUGGUGGUUCCAACCCAGGAGAUGAAUAUCAGCAUUGUAUGGUGUAUGCUUGUACUAGCAUUUGCAAUCAAGGUGUUGUUCUCUUUGACAACACAUUAUUUUAAAGUUGAAGAUGGCGGUGAAAGAUCAGUCUGUGUUACAUUUGGGUUUUUUUUCUUUGUGAAAGCAAUGGCGAUUCUUAUAGUUACAGAAAACUACCUGGAAUUUGGUCUGGAAACAGGUUUUUCAAACUUUUCUGAAAGUGCUGUGCAAUUUCUUGAAAAACAAGGACUUGAAUCCCAAGGUCCAGUGUCAAAACUUACUUUCAAAUUAUUCCUUGCCAUGCUGUGUUCACUCAUUGGAGCUUUCCUUACAUUCCCUGGUUUGCGGGUUGCACAGAUGCAUCUGGAUGCCCUAAACCAAACAACAGAAAAACUCACACAGUUUUUCCUUCAUAUAAACUUUUUGGCACCACUGUUAAUGGUGUUACUUUGGGUAAAGCCCAUCACCAAGGACUACAUUCUGAAUCCACCUCUAGGCAAGGAAAGCGUGCCUUUAAUGACAGAAGAUUCCUUUGAUACUAUUCGUCUUUGGGUCAUCAUCGUUCUGUGUGUUUUAAGACUCGCAAUGAUGAGAUAUCAUUUGCAAGCAUAUUUAAAUUUAGCACAGAAAUGUGUAAAUCAAAUGAAGAAGGAAGCUGGAAGAAUAAGUACUAUGGAACUGCAGAAAAUGGUUGCUCGAGUAUUUUAUUAUCUUUGUGUCAUCGCAUUGCAGUAUAUGGCACCUCUUGUCAUGCUUCUUCACACUACAUUUCUUCUGAAGACAUUAGGCAAUCAUUCCUGGGGAAUUUAUACCGACUCGGACUCGGCUGUGGGUGCUACUCAAGCAAAUAAUCAACCUUUUUCGGAGUUGCCAUGUCCUAAUGAAAAAAUGAAAGAAACAGUUACCCAAAUUACUAUGGCACUGGGUGGAUUAAAGAAUAUAUUCACUCCUCUACUUUUACGGGGACUUCUAUCAUUUCUCACUUGGUGGAUAGCAGCUUGUCUUUUUUCUACAAGCUUAUUUGGGUUAUUCUAUCACCAGUAUCUGAUUGUGGCAUGAUACAAACAUUUUGAUCUUAAAACGCGAAAGGACCAAAAAUUAGACAUGAUGCUACAAUGGCACGGACGCUUGUCUGAACUUAAACGUAUCAGCAGCAUUAUGUCUUGUUUCAAUGUUUUCUCUGUCUUCUCAGGGUAAAUAUUGUACAAUAUUACUGUUGUGAACUUAAUUUUCGUUACCUCAGAGGAAGAAAACUAACUGCUGAUCACUCCAACUAAAUAUCAUUUUUUUAUCUGUUCUAGGGGAAUAUCACCAAAUUAUAAGUUUAAUAUAAAAAUGUAAAUCCUUAUAUACAACCUCCUUUUUAUGUUACAGUGUAAAUAACAUGGACCCAUCCAUUGUUUUCCCCUUUUAGUUUUCUUCUAAAGCUUAUUACAAAAUUGUGUAACACGAGAGGUUAUCAUCUGCUUGACAGACAACUUGGAGGACAGUUAAAUACAUUCUGUUUUGAUCAACUGUCUGAUGUAACCUCUUCAUAAUCAACAUUCAUUUUUAGGGUGACCAGAUUACUUGAAAAUUCAGGUUCCAGCACUGAUAGCAUUUUAAUUAAUCUGCAGUCAGUUUAGCCCUACUGACUGGAUUUUCUAGACGUGUAAUUUUCAAGUGAUCUGUUCACCCUAUUCUAUAAUAUUCUUAGAGGUAUUUAACAUUCUGUAAACUUUCAUCGCUCAAUGCAAUAUGGCAAUACCUCUGCACCUGCACUGUAUCGUGCCCUGUCCUGUAAGUAGAAUAUCCAUUGCUUUAGAGGUGACUUAGUAUUUAAUGCAAAUGUACAACAGAAUGUGAUGUGCUGUUUUGUACAUUUGUCAAACUCUGGUAUUGGACAGCUGCAAAACCUACAAGGAUUAUUUCCCACCCCUCCCUUGCAUUGUGUACAGGCCAUAUGUGAAGUAAGGUUUAACUUAUUUUUUGGUGAUAUAUAUAUUUUUUUUUCUUUUUUGAGACAAGUAUUGUUAAAGGCCUUUUUUAUAACAAGGCCGCACAUCUAAUGCACUGGACUUGCGCUCAUAUUGAACAUUUUCUUCAGCGCGUAUGGGUGACAAUUCUAAUGUGGAUUUUUUUUUAACCAUAUAUGUAUGAGGGUUUUUUGUUUUUUUUUAAUUUUUUUCUUUCUAAAAUAAGAGCCAUACAAAGACAUUUAGGACUUAAAAGGAAAAUUGGAAGUAAACUAUUAUUUCUGUUGGACCUGUCAGUUUUUUCAUGGCGAACGUCCAAUGGGACAGAAUGUAUCACUACUGUAUAUUACAGUAAACAAAGCUAUGGUUGAAUGUUUCAGAACAA